GGUGUGGCUCUAUAGGUGUGUCUCUGUGUCUGUUGACUCACUACUCGCAGCGACAGAUAGCAGCGGCUCAGAGUAAAGUCUGUCCAGCCUCCCCCCUCCACCAUUCACAUUCACUCCACAGCACACAAGUGAAGGAGGAAUAGACGACUUUUAACGCCGACGCAAAGCCAUCAUCUGUCACUCUUUUGGACUGAGCCGCUCUCGGUGGAGUUCAGCUUUUUUUCGUCUCGCGGACAAAGUCCAUUAAAAAAGUUUUGCAAAGAAAUGGCGAAUGUUUUAAUUCUCCACAUCGGCUUGGCUUUGAUCCUGUCCGGUGUGGAGUCGUGUUUUAACACGGACUCUCUGCGCGUUUAUGUGUCAGAAGCUAUUCCAACUGGAUCCAAAAUCACAACAGUCGAAACUAGUCCCGACUGCGACGCCAAAUCAACGCGCUUCACUUUGAGCGACAAAAGCUUCCAAAUGUCAAGUAAUGGAGUACUAGAGGCUGUAGCAGAUGUGGAAGUGGACGCAGGAGAAGGGCGGACAUUUUCUGUGAGGGCUCAGGACAGCAGUGGAUUGGAAAGUGAGAUGGUAGUUCACCUUGUUCACAACAGGAGGGUGAAAAGAAAGUCGCCCACAGGCUUCCUGAAGAGAUCCAAGAGACGCUGGAGUCCUCCACCCUUCAACAUACUGGAGAAUGACAAGGGACCUUAUCCAAAAGACAUUGAAAGGAUUGUAUCGGACUCUGAACAAAAUCGCAAUGUGUACUACACCAUCAGUGGACCUGGUGCCGACCAGCAUCCAGUGAGAUUGUUCUCUCUCGACCCUAAGACUGCCAUGUUGACUGUGCACGGCCCAAUAGAUCGGGAGGAGUUCCCAGCAUUUACAUUAACAACCAGAGUUUUCGACAAAAACACGAAAGUGGAGACAGACGACUCUUUGGACAUCCAUAUAGAAAUAGAUGAUGUGAAUGACAACGCUCCCCAAUUCAAAAACCUACAACCAUUUACUGUGCUCGAGCAAAGCAUCGUAGGGACAGUGGUGGGGUUGGUGGAUGCUACAGACAGAGACAAACGAGGAUCCCUCCAUGUCAAGAUCAAGUAUACUCUCUUGACAGGAUUAGACCUGUUUGCCAUCAAUAAAGACACAGGUGUCAUCACCACGGUAACCAACACCCUGGACAGAGAGGUAAAAGACAAGCAUUUGGUGAUAGUAAAAAUCCAAGAUUUGGACGGUGCAGUAACUGGUCUGUCCAGCACAGCAACAGCAACCAUUACUGUUGGUGAUAUCAACGACAAUCCACCGACUUUCACAAAAGUGUCUUAUGCAGUCAAUGUCAAAGAAAACGAAAAAGAAAUACUUAUCCUCCGAAUUCCCAUUGAAGACAAGGAUUUAAUAAACACACCAAACUGGAUUUCGACAUUUGUCAUCGCUAAAGGAAAUGAUAAUGGAAAUUUCAGAAUCGAUACUGACAACAAAACAAACGAGGGGCUUCUCUAUGUCUCAAAGGCCUUAGAUUAUGAGAAGAACAAAAAUAUAAAACUUGAGAUUAGGGCACGUAAUCAAGCUGAGCUGAUUGGUACCACGGCCACAUGGCUGUCAAUCCCCGUGGACGUCAAUGUCCUCAAUGAAGACGAGGGUCCAGCGUUCUUGACUCCUACUAUCCGCUUCGUUGUCAAAGAGAACACACCAAACGGCACGGUGAUAGGAAGUUACACAGCUGUGGAUCCUGAGACCAAGAGCGGCGACGGCAUCAUGUAUUACAAGGGCAACGACCCAGGUUCCUGGAUCAGUGUCAACAGAAAUAACGGAGAGCUGAAGGUUACAAACACAAUUGACAGAGAGUCACCGUUUGUCGUAGAUGGACUUUACAGCAUCCCCAUGAGCGUUGUUGAUGCCAGCUCCAAGACGGGAACGGGAACAGUCAUCCUUGUGGUGGAGGACGUCAACGACAACGUGCCGAUGCUCCCUACCGGCGAGAGGUUGUUGUGUGAGAAGGAAGGAGAGCUUGGCUCUGUGCUGGUUGUGGCUGAAGACAACGACCAGAGUCCCUUUUCUGCCCCCUUCAGCUUUAGUUUGCCAGGCAGUGAUGAUGAUGCCACAUGGUCUGUGAUUAAAUUUAAUGACACAGCAGCCACGUUGAAGCACAUGAAAGAGCUUCCUACAGGGAUAUACGAUGUUCCCUUGGACAUUACAGAUCUGCAGGGCAAUGGCAAAACACAGACGGCGAAAGUGAGGAUCUGCCAGUGCGCGAAUGGAGUCUGCUUGGCCAACCAAAGCUCUAUGUCAUUGGGGCCACUGGCUUUACUGGCUAUGUUGUUGCCUCUGCUUCUCCUCCUACUGCUCUGCCUACUGCUUGCAUUUUUCUGUGUGACAAAGAGAGAAAAAAUGAAGCUUGAAGACGAAGCAGACGGCGGUGGAAUCCUGCUCAAAUCAAACACCGAGGCCCCAGGGGAAGAAGUGGAUUCGAGUCUCAUCAAUGUUCCCACUACAGCAGUUGAAACACUAGUGAAGGGCUCUGUUAAGGGUUCUGCGGUGAAUGCAGGAUGGAUUGGGAACAAGAGCACCAGCACAAUGGGAGGCCAAAGCAUACAUGACAAUGGGAUGUACACGUCCAAUGGUGUCACAUCCGAUAUGCAGAAUUACUACUAUAGCCAGAAUAACCAGUUUGGUACUCAGUCAGUAGGUGGAGGUCAACUUAUGGGUACAUUUAACGGUGCAAGCUUUGACAACAGAUAUCUCGCCCAGGACACAGCUUUUCUUCACAACUGGGAAACAAAUGGCCGCUAUCUACACCAGAAGCUGACCUAUUUUGGAACAGACGAGGAAGGACGGUACGCCGACGACAUCGUCCACUCCUACGGGUUCGAGGGGGUGGGCUCUGCAGCUGGCUCUGUGGGAUGCUGCAGCGACAUUGGCGACGACGAUAACCUUGACUUCCUAAACACGCUCGGACCAAAGUUCAAAACUCUAGGAGCUGUGUGCAACAAGACAUGAACAAUGAAGCUCUGAAAAGAAUGGUGUUUACUUUUCACUGAGCAGGAUGUGGAAAAGGCCUGGGAUCUGAAUGCUUGGUGUGCCCCUGAACAUGAAUGAGAAAACGAACAAGCAGGUGGCGUCAGUGUGUGCGCACUGCUCUGCUAUCACUUUUUGUUGUUAGUUUUUUACUUUGCUGCUUUUUGGCAAAGUCUUUUGCACUGAAAACUAUGCAGUCGGUUGUACAUACUUUGUGUCGCGUGUUACGUGUUGUUUGCCUUUAGAGUCUUGGUUUCCCAACCACCCAUUCAUCCAUUGGCUUUACCUGCUUCUCCUCGUAGAAGGUCACAUGGGGCUGGUUUUGAAGGUUCAUAAUGGUAGUUGUAUUGAUAGGUGCAGUGAAGGGCUGCGGGGUUUUCUAUCUACUGUAUGAGUAACAACUUUGGGUAUAUUGGUUAUUGUCAAUCCUCUGUGUUCACAGUAAAUGAUGCAAUUUAGCAUUUGUGUGGCUUAAGUUUAAAUUUCGUGCUAAGUUUUUUUAGUUUUGAUAUAUUUUUUAAAGAAAAAUAAAAUACCUAAAUGAAAUAAAACAAUAACACAACUGCCUGUUUUAAUAUUUCACAUGAACAUACUUUAUUUCAAAUUACAUGCUCAGAAUUAUUUAUCAGUUUUGAACAAUACUGUUGACUGUCUUCCACUGGUUUAGUAAGUAUUUGUGCAAACACAUUCCUCUGCAGCUCCUGACUGUUGACUGGGCGUAGCUUCAGCCCUGUGUGUCAUCGAGGUUGUUGCGACAUACUGACAGUAAUCCUGUGAAAGUCGGCACCAGGGCGUGAAUGUGAUGAGUGAGGUGUUACUGACAUUGCCUGACCAGACACACGAAAAGCUAAACAAAUAAAAAUGUCCUUGAACCUGCUAAUUAAAAAGGGAAUCAUUCCCAUGACAUUCCCAUGUGUGUAUAUUAAGUUGUUGAAGUUGUAAUUUUGCAUGGUCAAUAAAGAAUGUUUCUAUUGUAACACA